UUGUUCCUGAAGCCCCACCACUACGCUGUGUUCCGCAUUGGUGUGCUCACGCCUGACACAGAGGGCAUCUUUAUUGCUGAGGCUUUUGUGCAGACACAGUUCGAGCAGAUCAAGACCCCAUUUCGCCUCCGCACAGCUGACGGAUCUCUCAGUGUCGUGCCCAACACCAUUGUGUUUGAUCAUGCAUUCCCGGGGAAAAUAUCAAAACAGAAUUUGCACAUUCUGUCGACGUUUGGCCACCCCAUGUCAGUGAAGGAGGUGAAGCCCCUGCCAGCUGACUCGCGUUUCUCCUAUGAGCCCAGCCAGAGCUCUCUCCUAACGUUACAAGCUGGCCACAAAAGCCACGUGGGAAGACUUGUGUUUGAUCCCAAAGUGGAGUGUGGCUCAGAGUGCUACACAGGUUUUCCACUCACUAGCAAAGCUGGUCAGCAGUGGGUUAACACACUCUCCCUGACAUCUCAUGUUGCCGACACUGAUACAAGUUUGUACUCCACUCUGCGCAGUAGAUACCUCAACCUGUCAGCCACAGUUUUCAAUACCUCCAUUGUCUUGCAUACUUCUGAGGUCCACGGUUUCCAUUUCACAGCAAAGGCUGUACAAACUUGGCCAGGCCUGAGUUCGCCGUCCCAUGUGUCAUUUCCGCUGACACAGGCACUCAAUACAAGCAUACAGGAGGUGUUCUUAGAGAACCCAGCCAGUGUCCCUGUGGUGGCUCAGAUACUCCUGCUUCACCAUUAUCCGGCAACACAGCAGCUGCUCUCCCUCUUACCAACGGGUGAGAUGCUGCUGAAUGAGAGCGGCAGUGGGGCGAGCAGUGACGUGUUCACCCUGGUGGAUGGCGACAGCCUGGCGGCGGGGGGUGGGACAACCACAGCCAGAGGAAGCUCGAUGCCUCCGCCUGCCCCUGAAAUAACGAGCGGCCUGGCCCAGCACAGACGGACGCUGGAGGAGCAAUUCAAGACGCGCGUUGCCAAAGACAGCAUCGCACUAAUCCUUGAGCCAGGAGUCAAGGUGAAAGUGAGAGUGUCGUUCACACCGCCAGAUGAAAAGCUGUACUCGACAGUGUUGUUAGUGCGCAACAACCUGACAGUAAUAGAUAAAGUGUUGGUGAAAGGCAGAGGGGGGAGAGGUUUCCUUAAGUUUGCCAACAGAAAACCUGGCUCGGCUAUGCCUCUUGCCUUCAAUAUUGGGGCCAAACAUUUGAAAGACUGUGAUAAUGGCAGAAGCUCAAAAUAUUACCAACCAAACUUCACAGUGAAGCGUUCCUUUACGGCGCGCAACACUGGUGAACUGCCCGUCCAGGUGUGGGGCUUCAACAUCAAUGACUUACCUUGUGAGGGCUACGGCUUCAAAGUUUUGAACUGCGAAGGCUUCGAGCUAGCCCCCAAUGCUAGUCACAAGGUGGACAUCGCGUUCACUCCUGACUUUACCCUGUCCAAGGUACAACAACGGCUAGUCAUUCACACCAGCCUUGGGUUGGUGAGCGGGCCCGAGGAGGAGGCUGCUGCACCGAGUGAGAGCCAGGCGCAGCCGGGCCGAGUUGAAUAUUCCCUGGUUGCUACCGUCCCUACCCACCUGCUCGCACAAUGUGGAGCUGCUGUGCCCAGGCCCUCGUGGGAGCCCCUCCUCUAUUAUGCAAUCUUACCUCUGAUGGCGGCCAUGCUAAUUGGGGCCUUGAUCCUGGCAGCGCUCGAGGCAGACCAUAUCCUCAGGUCUACCAAGAUUGCCAUGACAACCUCCGUGCCCUCCAACGGACAUGCGCCGGCCUUUUGAUAAGUCCAAAGUGUUCGACUUGAAGAACAUUGCGCACCACGAAUCCAAAGGUGCACCCCUGAAGAAUGGCUAUGCCAAUGGCCACGCUCAGGUGGAGAGCCUCAAGGCAAGCAGUCCUGUGUGCAGCAGCUCUAGCAACAAGAAAUCCACAGCUCCGUCAUCCACGGGUGAGAUCAUUGCAAAUGGUAGAAAGUCCGCCUCAGGUGCCAGCUCUUCUAAAAAGGUUGGCAAUAAUCAGAUCACAAAGUUCAAGUACAAAAUCCAAAUACACAAAACAGUCUGACUCUAAGUUAGGUCCAGCGUCUGGAGAAAGCAUCUCUGUUAUAUCUGACAUUUCUGCAAAUCAGAACCAGAAUAGGAAAUCCAAAGGAUAUAAUAACAAAAGCAACAGCAGUAGAAGCUCAGAGUCGCCAAUGUCGUGGCGCAGCUUCUUCUCACGAGCUGUGAGUGCAAAGGAGGACAGUGCGAUGGGGGCGGCAACGUCCAAGAGCGAGCCAGCCAAUCCCAAAAAGUCACCUAACACCAGAAAUAAAGAAGAGGCGUCUGUCCUCAAACAGUCGGUUGGCACGGAGACAGAUUUGCACAUCGAAAACUGCUCCAAGCUCAGAAGACGCACCAAGCCAAGCAUCGAGGAGGAGACAUCCUCUACAACAACAGAGAGUUCCAACACAGAUGAAUUAUCAAUAAGUGAAAGGGACACCCCUUUGAGCAAGUCGUCGGACGUGGCGUCAGCGAGUGGGUCGAGUGGAAAGGCAAACAAGCGGCGCAGCAUGCGGGCAAAAGGCGGCAAGGGCUCAGGCAUGGAGACUGGGCAGGUCGUGAGCAGUGUGCUAGAUGACGAGGUGGGCUUCGAGAUCAGCACAAAGGUUAAGGGGCUGAAAAAGCUAAAGGAGUCUUCAGGGCGCAGCAACUUUGGUGGCGACAUCUACCAGACAAAUACACUGGAGCUGCCCUACACACUGAAGCAUGUCCGCCAGAAGGACUCGGACCGCCCCAAGGAGAACCUCAGGAACCCGAAGGGUACCACCAAUAAA